UUCAGUAUUAUUAGCUAUCAAUUUUCAAUGGAUUUACGAACUAAACGCAAUGGAGUAAUUGGGGAUAGUGAAGAUGGGUAUUCAACUUCAGAAUGCACGCCGAAUAUUAAAAAUGGAGCAACCACUUUGGAUGUGGCGAAAGAGGAAACUGUUACGGUUAAUGACAGUGUUCAAAAUGAGAAAUCCACAUGGGAGGAUGAUAAUAAAGCAAGAAUGGAUGAUUAUGAAGAAGAAUUGCAGUCUAUUGUGGAAAAGGAAAAUUUUUAUACCGAUUUAAUGAGAAAAACAUGUAAUAUUUCUCCAGAUAUUACAAUGGGUUUUGAAGAAGAGUCGAUUUCACGCGAUGAUAUAAGCGAGUCUUCUGAUGAUAAUAUGGAAGAAGAAACAGUGCCAGCGAUAGGUACUCUAAAAUAUGAUUCUUUGAAAAAAACUGAUAAAUUUCCCUCAAAUUUCAAAAGAAAUGAGGACUUAGAAACAGAAGGGACGACAUCAACUAGUCAUACUUCACAGAAAAAUAAAAAUGAGUCGUCUGAAGUGGGUAUUAAAGAAGAAAACGAGGCUGUGACAGAUGCUAUAAAAUAUUCAUGUCUACACUGUGAUAAAGAUUUCGCUUCAGCAUUAAAGUGGAGACAGCACACAGCGACGCAUGUUUUUGACGACAUUGUCAGUACCACAAAUUUUGAAAAAUCUGUAGCCAAGUGUCAAGAAUUAGACCCGGGAAUGCCCCUGAAAAAUUAUGAAGAAGUUUUCAAGAAAACACAGCGUAAAAUAAAGAAAAAAAUGAAAGAUAAGUGUUAUUUAUGUGUUGAAUGCCAUAAGUCUUUUUCACGUAAAGAUACAUUACGGGUUCAUAUGCAGACUCAUACUGGCGAAAAGCCAUUUUCUUGUGAGACGUGUGGCCGAUGUUUUAGUCGCAGAGGGAAUUUACAAGCUCACAUGAUCAGCCAUUCUGGCGAAAAACCGUUCCCUUGCACCUAUUGUGGGAAAUUUUUUUCUCGAAAAGCCAACUUAGCUACCCAUGUUCGAAUUCACACGGGUGAAAAGCCAUUUACAUGUUCAUAUUGCGGCAAAGGUUUCAAUCAAUCUUCUGAUCUGACACGCCAUUUUUUGACCCACACUGGUGAGAAACCGUUUGAAUGUCCAGAUUGCGGGAAGGGCUUCACACAACAGUGCAAUCUUAGAGCACAUAUGCGCAUACACACAGGGGAAAAACCAUUCGAAUGCCCCCAGUGUAAACGUUGCUUCACGCUACAAUCAACUUUAUGUGACCAUAUUCGAACACAUAGUGGACUUAGACCAUAUACCUGUAUAGACUGUGGUAAGACCUUCACACGCCAACCAAACUUGGAAAGACAUAUCUUGAAUCAUUGCAAGAAAACUGUUGAAACGUAGUGUUUAACGAGCAUAAGGCUCUCUUCCUAUCCUGGGAUACAUGCGAUGUUCAAGAACUCUUAUUGUCAGACUCACUAACUUAUUGUAAAACUCGCUACUCCAUUGUCAUCAUCAUGAUUUUAAAAAUUAACAGAAUUGUAAAAUAUCAGACUAAUUGGUACUCCCGUAGUGUGUGUACCAGGUUAGGGUUAGGUCAUAAUUUUAUUCGGAUUUCCCUUAUUUUAGUUAUAUUACGAGUUCGG